AUGAGCAAUAGUACCCAAGAGGAUACUGCGAUUCUCUUCCAGGAUACAAAUAUAUACCUACUCGACAUCCCGCAUUCAAUUGCGCUCGCACAAGGGGGGCGACCAACACCACACCAACCACCAGCCCCAGAAUCCGGUUCAGGAACAGAAAAGAGCAUACACAGAAAGACACCGAACCUAAUUUCAUGCUUGCCUAUAAAAGAUCCAUUCCCCUCCACCGAGCCUAAAAAGCCAGCUGCUCUCGCCAGGCUCCUCGACACCAUUCCUAUCUCUGAGAGGCGGUUCCACUCGGAACUGAUACUACCGCUUGUGAGGGAUUCCCUCGAAGCUAUCAAGACUAGAUUUUCCCAUAAUCGUCGAUGGUGUGAAGCUCGAGCUGUACCUAGUGAAUCUGAACCUCAUGAUAGCACAGCGCCGAAUCAGCAUCCGCGGAAGCGCCGGAGGGGAAACAAUUAUACGCCCUUAGAGUCUGCGUCGGAUGGCCAUGUCUCGACUAAAAAUGAACCACCAAUGAUUCUGUCGACUACGUCGCCGAAUGAAUUUGAGUCCUUAUCAGAUCUUGCCAUCGUCAAGAAUCCAUCACCAGAGCCCGCAAUAAUCAGGGUUGGAAGCGGGCACGGUGAUGAAACAAAUCUUCCUUGUGAAUAUAUCGUCCCACCGGAGUCGAGCUUUAUGCUUUGUACAAUACCUCUAUUUGAAGCCGAAGUGGACCGUCCAUCUGCAUCCAAUAACUACCCCAUCCCCGGACUCCCCCAUCACCAGAAAUUCAAUCUCAUCCUCAUGGACCCGCCCUGGCCAAACAAAUCUGUGCGACGCAGCAAGCACUACCAAACACAUCACUAUUCCGAGAUGGAUGUGCUCACCCAAGGGUUACGCGAUAUACUCCGUGUACACUCGCACGACCCGAAAACAAAGCAGGGGCUCCAUCCAUCUGAACCCCACCCGGACCUCCCGUUCCAAAGCGAACAGUCUGUAGCCGCGAUAUGGAUCACGAAUGCGGAAAAGGCCCGACGAGCAGCAUACGGAGCCUUGAGCGGAGCGGGCUUUUGUAUCUGCGAGGAAUGGAUCUGGGUCAAGACUACAUGGGAUGGACAACCGAUUUCAGCACUGGAUGGUCUCUGGCGAAAACCGUAUGAGAUCCUUGUCAUUGGCCGCAGGAGUGGCCAUACUGUCAAUGCCAAUGUCAAUACUAACGGUAACACCGACAACACACCGCCCCUGUCUCAGAUGGAUGAUCUGACACUGGUGAGUGAGGCCAUUACAACGAGACGAGUCAUAGCUGCGGUUCCGGACUUGCAUUCUCGGAAACCGAACUUGAAAUCAUUGUUUGAGACAGUGUUUUUCAUGGAGGAUGGUCAGCUCCAGGAGUAUUCUGCUCUCGAGGUGUUUGCGCGCAACUUGACGGCUGGUUGGUGGGCUGCUGGUAAUGAGGUUCUCCGGUUCAACGCUCGUGAGUGCUGGGUCGAUCUUGAGGGUGAGAGGGAUGCAGACCUACAUGAAUGUGCAUAG